ACUUCCUCCUUUGUGCUGCACUACCACCUCGCUAGUACGCUGCCUUCACUGACAUGUUGUCAGUUGUUGAAGGGUGACACAAGUCCUUUUCGCGCUUUGGACUUGUUCUGGAAGUUUCUCAGGAGCAGGGAAGAGGAAGGUUUUUGUGCCACAAUGGCUAACGUCACUUUUUGGAACCACGGUCUUUGAAAACUUCUACGGAGGUACUUUUUUUGUUCCAUUAAAGGGGGGACCUAGAGGACGAGAAACAUGAAAAAACAGUUUAACCGUAUGAGGCAACUUGCCAACCAAACAGUCGGAAGGGCUGAGAAGACCGAGGUGCUGAGUGAUGAUCUUCUUCAGAUCGAGAGGCGCAUGGAGCUGGUGCGCUUGAUGUCGCACAGCACACACAAGAAGCUGGCGUCCUGUCUGCAGGGGCAGCCAGGCAUAGACACGGAAAAAAGACAUAAAAAGCUGCCCUUGAAUGCACUUUCCCAGGCCAUGCAAGAGGGCGGCACGCAGUUGGGCUAUGAGAGUCUGAUUGGCAAGAUGAUGGACGUGUGCGGUGAGGCCGAGAGCAAGUUGGCCACGGAACUGAUGGUGCAUGAAGUGCAGAUCGAGAGAGACAUCCUGGAUCCUCUCAACCAGCUUGCCGAGGUUGAGAUCCCUAACAUAUUAAAACAGAGGAAGCAACUCGCCAAACUGGUCCUGGACUAUGACUCUGCCAAGACAAGGUGGGUCCAGGCUUUCAAGUCAAACAACCAGACCAUGGCCGCUAAGGUGGACUCCCUCAAAGACGAGAUGGAUGAGGCACUCAACAAAGUAGAAAUAUGCAAAGACCAGCUAUCGGCAGACAUGUAUAACUUUGCGUCCAAAGAAGGAGAAUAUGCACGCUAUUAUCUCAUGUUAUUAGAGGCCCAGGCUGACUACCACAGAAGGUCUCUGGCAGCUCUGGAGGAAGUUAUACCGACUAUACAAUUACAGCAAGAUUCCUGGACAGAGAAGCCGGCGUUUGGCACAGCCCUGGAGGAGCAUUUGAAGCGGAGUAACCGAGACAUUGCCCUGCCCAUCGAGGCCUGUGUUAUGAUGCUGCUGGAGACUGGGAUGAAGGAAGAGGGUCUGUUCAGAAUAGCAGCUGGAGCUUCAAAGCUAAAAAAGCUGAAAGCCGCCCUGGACUGUUCCACUUCCCAGCUUGAAGAGUUCUACUCCGACCCCCAUGCCGUCGCCGGAGCCCUCAAGUCUUACCUUAGGGAACUUCCUGAACCUCUCAUGACUUUUGGCCUGUAUGACGAGUGGACGCAGGCAUCCAAUGUGUCUGACCCUGACAAGAGACUUCAGGCUUUGUGGGUGACAUGUAACAGUUUGCCAAAGACUCAUAAAGCCAACCUCAGGUACCUGGUGAAGUUUCUGGCCAAACUGGCUCUAGACAGCGACGUCAACAAGAUGACUCCCAGCAACAUCGCCAUCGUCCUGGGACCCAACCUGCUCUGGGCAAAAACAGAAGGGACGCUGGCAGAAAUGGCCGCGGCGACGUCGGUCCACGUGGUCGCCAUCAUCGAGCCCAUCAUCCAGCAUGCCGAUUGGUUCUUUCCUGAUGAGGUGGACUUCAACGUGUCGGGCAUGUUCGCCAAGCCCACCCACCCGUCGACGCCAGACUCCGAGAGGAAACGCCCCGGCGGCGUCGCGGGGCACGACGGGGACAACGCCGCUCCGCCUCCCCGUAAAGACAGCACCGUUAAACAUCCGGAGCCCAGCCCACGUAGAGCCGGCACCGCUAUUAGAAAGCAGCCACAGCAAACCUCACCCACCUUCCAACCCCCACUGGAACCCGCCUCAUUCGAGACGCAGCCCCGAGCGGCAACCCCAGAGGCUGAGCAGCCGGGCUCGGCCGAUGGGGGUCUGGGUGCUGCCGCUGGGGUCCAGGUAGCCAUCGUGCAACCUCAGUGCGUCACCCAGCUCAGCGCAGAGGACAGCAGCCCAGGCCGGGAGCUCACUUCCACCCCACCUCCACAGAGGAAUGGUUCAGUCCAUCUUACAACAGGAACCCCGCACUCCCAGGGAGGGUCCAGGGGGCCCAGUCCUCACAUGGUCCGCAGAGGAACAAAGAAACAGGCGCCAGCUCCGCCCAAGCAAGCCAGUCCCUUCGCAUCUCAGUCCAGCAACCACACACCCGGGCCCGCUCACCACCCACCCAUCACCCCCCGACGCCACCCAGGCAAAGAGAGCCCCAUCCACGCUCCGAGCCACCCUCCGCCGCAGCCGCCUCAAUCGCAACAGGCUGAGCAGGAGCCCUCGCCGCCCAGGACGCCGACCCCGCCGGACACCCCGCCCUACGACGGACCCCACUCCCACCCGCUGUCCGCUUACCACUCCGGAUCACUCCCUCGCCCCGCUCGGCCCGCGCCUAAGCCACGACCCCGACCUAACAUGCCGCCUCCUCCGCAGCCUGCAGUAAGUGACGGUGGCAUCUUCAGCUCCGCCUCCAAGUUCAUCACAGACAGUGGCCUGGUCAUAAAGGGGAUCGGGCGAGCCUGGAUCCCAGAGGUGAUGCUGAGCCAACAAGAGCAGCCCCCUGCUGGUCAAGAACCCGCCCAGAACCAACAACCACCACCGCUUGACCCCAACACGCAGACGGAGAGCACCUGCCUGUGAGCGUCCACUGAGGUCAAGCUAUCAACACUUUAUCGUUGCUAUUUUUAAAUGAGCUCCAGGGGAUGUUUUUGUAGAUUGACGUAGGCAAUCUGCUACCAGUCUGACAACAGGCUUAAAAAAAAAAAAAAAAUUAUUAAGAAUCUAUUAACAAUGAUGUGCAAUUGAAAUAGAAAGGACCAAGAAGUAACCAAAAAAAAUGACAACACGGUGCUGUUUGGCUUUUAUUAUGGUUGGCAUUGACCAAAUCUUGAGGCAAAGUGCAAUACGAAGUACACUUUGUCUUCCACUGGCACAUAUUUGGGGUCUUGCCGUUCUUGGGGUACAAUGACUUUACAUAUAUUUUGAAUCGAUGUUUCACUCUAAAUUUCUUUGAGGAUAUAUUUUGUAUUUUUAAGGGCCUUGUUUAUUUAAAAAUAGCAUUUUCAAUGCUGGUAAAUGACCAAUCCCACUCCAGCGCCUAAGCUUUGACCAAAUAUAUCUAAACCAAUGUGUUCCCCUUCUAUGCAUACCGUUUCUUUGCAGCACUUAUUUUUGUGCAGAUAUGGCAUCCUAAUGUUGCUGCAUCCAUGAUUAAAGAUUGUUCAAGAUGUUACAGUCUUGUCCGCUUUUUUUUGUUGUUUUUUGUGGUUUUAGAUUUUAAAUAGUCUGCUAAUUUAUAAAGUAAAUACCAUAUUUGACCUCCACUUAAAGAAAUGCACGCCACAUCUAAAAAUAGUCAAUUUUUAGUAGUAGAAAAAAUGUCUUAAAAAAUUAAAUGA